AUGUUUUCAGUGGAGAGGUUUAGAGAUGUCGUCAAAGAGCGGCUAACUGCUGCAGCUGAGGAAAUAUGUGACGGUGCUACAAGAGCUGCCGUCGAGUACGAGGCAGAGAUCAACCGUCAGCGCAGAAUGCUGGAUAUCGUUUGGAACCCUCACACCCUCUUACACAGAAUAGAUGUCCCACAGCAACAUGUGUGUAAGGAGGAGGAGGAUGAGCAGCAGCUCUGUCACCAGGAGAGGAAGUCCAGUCUGGACCAGGAGGAGCCAGAGCCUCCACAGAUGAAAGAGGAGCAGGAGGAAGAGUGGAUCAAACAGGAGGAGACUGACAUGUUGAUUAUGACUCCUAAGGAGGAGGAAAACGUCCCACAGCAACAUGUGUGUAAGGAGGAGGAGGAUGAGCAGCAGCUCUGUCACCAGGAGAGGGAGUCCAGUCUGGACCUGGAGGAGCCAGAGCCUCCACAGAUGAAGGAGGAGCAGGAGGGAGAGUGGAUCAAACAGGAGGAGACUGACAUGUUGAUAAUGACUCCUACUCAGGAGGAAAACGUCCCACAGCAACAUGUGUGUAAGGAGGAGGAGGAUGAGCAGCAGCUCUGUCACCAGGAGAGGGAAUCCAGUCUGGAACAGGAGGAUCCAGAGCCUCCACAGAUGAAAGAGGAGCAGGAGGAAGAGUGGAUCAAACAGGAGGAGACUGAUAUGUUGAUAAUGACUCUUCAGGAGGAAAGUGAGAACAGAGAAGCAGAUGGACAACAUGAACACCAGCUCCUUUCUCACAACUUACUUACUCUGCCUUACUCCUGCAGCACCUGUGGAAUCAGAUUCAGUGAGAAAUCAAAUUUAGAUUAUCACAUUCGUACUCACACAGGUACAAAGCUGUACACCUGUGGUACCUGUGAGAGAUCAUUCACAUAUAAAUCUUCGUUGGACCAGCACUUAAAAAUCCAUACAGGUGAAAAACCACACACCUGCACAAUGUGCAACAAAUCUUUCAGAACAAAAGGUAAUUUGACGGUCCACAUGAGAAGACACACAGGUGAGAAGCCUUACUCCUGCAGCUUCUGUGGAAAAAGAUUCAGUGAGAAAUCACAUUUUAAUUAUCACAUUCGUACUCACACAGGUACAAAGCCGUACACCUGUGGUACCUGUGAGAAAUCAUUCACACUGAAAUGUCAUUUGGACCAGCACUUAAAAAUCCACUCAGGAGAAAAACCACAUUCCUGCACAAUGUGCAACAAAUCUUUCAGAAAAAAAGAAAAUUUGACAAUCCACAUGAGAAGACACACAGGUGAGACGCCUUACUCCUGCAGCACCUGUGGAACAGGAUUCUGUAGGAAAUCAACUUUGGAUCAGCACAUUCAUACUCACAAAGGUAUAAAGCCGUACCCCUGUGGUACCUGUGGAAGAUCAUUCACACAGAAAAAGUCUCUGGACAAGCACUUAAAGAUUCAUGCAGACAAUAAUGGUUAAACGUCCUAAACAUGUGGCAAGUCUCUCAGAAUUGGUGCUGACUUGAUGGUUCAUGAGAGAAGAACUGACACUGCUGAGAAGCUGUACCUUUGAUAUCUGAAAUCUGCUACAAAAGAGACUUUCGCUGCAUUUCCAUCUGCUGUUCCGGUUUGACUGUGUACAGUUCGGUAUGGUUCAGUUCUCAAAACAGCAAAAUAAUUUUUCACCCGUAUCGCUCUUCAUUUCAAUAAAAUGACAGCAAACUUAGAUCAGAGGUAUACAGUAUUAAACAGCUGUUUGAAUGAAAACACUACAACACAAGCUUUUGAACUUUUGUUUCAUGUUGAUGUUUUUCUUGUUCUUUUUGUUCAGAAUUGAACAUGAACAGAUUUUUCCACACAGUAAAUGUUGUGUCUGAAAUCUCACUAGUUAAAUCAGCUGGCUGCUCAUGCACAUUGACACAGGUGUAUGUUUCUUUGGUUUGUACACAGCUAUGUGCUGACAAGUUGGAGAGAAACAGAAACUGUGCACAUGCUUUCAGGAUUUGUAGUUUGAAUGACAGUAAAAAUGGAAAAACAUGUAUUUUUACACUAAUGUAUUACUUGUGUUUUAAAUGGUUAAAUUACUUGAAUUUCAGAACAAGCGUGUUAACUACAUGUUGUAACAAUAAAGUAUUGUGGCUUCUCUAAUGGCUUCACUUGAGGUAAGUUAUUCUGCUGUCUGUUCUUUAUAAAGUCUUUGAGGGCGUUUUGACCAAGUGGUCUGGUUCAGAUCAGCUCACUGCUGUACUAGUUAUUUGAUAAGAAUCUGAUUUUCAAGGAAGGACUGUUCUCUUUGAAAGUUAAAGCUCUGUAUUUUGAAAAAAAAUAAAUAAAUAAAUGUUCACCUCUUA